AUGCCAGCGUUGGGGGUGGCGCGGGAGCGGGAGGCCUACCACCGCCUGCUGCGCCUGCUGCCCCGCGGGCCCUGGGUGCCCCGCGGGCCCUUCCAGCGCCUGCUGGCCCCCUUCCCCCAGCAGCAGGAGUGCGGCCUCCAGAUCCUGGAGCAGAUGGAGCAAUACGGCGUGGUGCCGGAUGCGGAGACGCGGUUCCUGCUCCUGGGGGUCUUUGGGCCUCGCAGCCGCCCCGUGCGCAAAUGCCAGCGGCUGCUGUACUGGCUGCCACGGAUGCGCCACGUGAACCCCCACCCCUUACCUCCCUGCCUGCCCCCCCCCGGCCUGGCCUCUGCCCGUCUGGGCCUGCACCGUAUCGCCAACGACCCCGACGCCCGCAUCACUGUCUACCAGCGGCCAGUGCCGGACAAGGGGGACGACGAGGGCUCCGUCCAGCCUUACAUCGUCGGUGCCCAGAGCCCGGAGCAGCAGGAGCUGCUGGCUCGGCAUGGCCCGGCACGGCCUGUCUUUGUGGAGGGGCCGUUCCCCCUCUGGCUGCGCAGCACCCGCCUGUGCUACUACGUGCUGCGGGGAGACCCCCUGCCCCCCCACUUGCGGGAGGACCCCCCAGACCCCGAGCGCAGCCUGUACUACCCCCUGCACCUCGACCUGGACCUGGAGCGCGGCCCCUGGGACGAUGAUGACUUUGAUGUGGAGGAGGUGGAGGAGGGCCCCGUCUUCGCACUGUGCAUGGCCGGGGCGGGAGACCGGCACACGCUGGGCAAGUGGAUCGCGGGGCUGCAGGAGGCGAACCCUGUCCUGGGGCGCACCCCCGUCGUCUUCCGCCUGGGGGAAGGGGACCCCCUGGCUGCUGCUCCCAGGGGUCCCCCUGCACCCCACCUGGGGCCCGUGCCUCCCCCACCCGCGGUGCUGGAGCCCCCCGACCCGCCGCGGGGGCACGGGCACAGCACCAGGGACGCCGGCGGCGGCCCCGGGGGCGGUGGGGGACCGGGCGCUCCCCCCGCAGCGCCGGGGGAAUAA